GUGGACGGGGAAGGUGCAGGUAUUGACGUGGCGGCUGGUGGUGACUGAGACCUCCGUCCCCACCAACACAAACUCUCCUCACUCGAUCUACAUUCACACAAGACCAAUUGACCUGGUCGGCGCGAAUUUUAAAGAUUUAUAAUUACGGGGCGAUGAUCUAAUGAGAAUUAUAAUACAAAGUUCUGUUAUCGUCUCGGUGAUUACUGAUGGAUAGCAGAGAGGUGGGAAUUGUAACUUACAUUGAUAUUAGUGUGACUGAUAAUCUUGAAAUGUGGCUAUGACUGACGGGAGGGCGGAGGUCUGGCGGAAGCAGUGUCUGUGAGGGAAGUGGGUGGAUGAUUGAUUGAUAAAGAUUAAGCCACCCAAGAGGUGGCACGGGCAUGAAUAGCCCGUAAAGGGACGUGGGUGGGUGUGCCAGUGUCUUCUAUGUGUCGCCAGCAGCAACAACAGACAGGCUACAGCAGGAAGCCGCCCGAGCACACUGCGGCAGGAUGGAGUACAUUCAGAUCGUCCAGCGACCGGCCUACUCCCAGCGGCCAUACGGUCUCCUACGGUCUCCCUACACCGACCACCCGGGUUGCUCGGUCCUCUGCAACCACCCCACCGCCCCGCACACCCACCGCAACCUUCUCAACCUGACCCGAGCGUCAUGGCUGCAGGAGGUUCGAGCCCACAUGUCGCGAGCGGGCACCACGCAGGCGGACGGCGAGGGAGACGCCGGCGACCGACGCACUCCCUCCAGCAUGCCCUUCACCCCCUUGGGCACCGAGGGACUCCAGGUAAACAUCCCAGAGGAGUUCCUGGCCAGGUUUGCCCGCUCUGACUCGCGGCCAGACUCCCCGGCGCCGUCCCUCUUCGUCCACACCUCCCGCCUCGCCCCCUUCAGGAGGUGUGUGACCCCGGACACCCUGGAGCCCAUGCGACGGCCCCGCCAUCAGGUGUUGAGGAGAGCCACCAGCCUCCAGGAUGUGGCCAGCAUCCGCCUCCACCACGUCUUCACGCCCACGCCUGCGGCAGGUCGCGUUGCUGGCAGCAGGAAACAGGGAAGAUUUGAGGCCGAUUUUACCACCAAACUCUCCAAGCAGCUGGAUCUGGUGGCCAAGGGUCAGCAGCAGCAGAAGCAGCAGCAACAGCAGCAGCAACAGCAGACCCAACGCGAGCAACAGAGACAACAGGACAGAAAAGCCAGUGUGAAAGGCCCCAGGAAUAAACUGAAAGCUCAAGACAGCGAAGAUUCUGGGCUGGGCGGGGACAAGCAGCCACCCAAACGCCGCCCACGUCGGGGCGGCAAGAAGAGAGGAGAGGAAGGAGGCCUUGACGAUCCAGGCCAGACAGCAGUAUCUACGGUAGGCGACAGUCGAGUGGGGUCGUCACGGAGAUCAGGGAGCUCACAUUCGUCUAAACCCACGUCAGCAAGAUCCUCAAAGUCGUCUUCGUCUCAUCGCAGACUUCACGACCCACUGUCCUACGACCCUAAGCAAUUCUUGGGAGCCAGCAAUCCUCCCGAGGACGGUUCAGAGUUGGUACGACUUAAGGAGACACUGGGUGGGGGACCUGGGGGUGCGACACUCACUGAAGCAGAAGUGUUUUGGUUUAGUCUCCCCCGUAGUCCGUCACAUCGCGCUGCCGUUUUCACUCUCCCAGUUCAAAUCACGAGACUCCUUGAUCUGCGUCCUAUAGACUACCUGAAGAAGUACAUGCGUCUGAGGACGUCCCGUCGCCAGCUCUACUCCAUGGUGUUCUCCAGACAUCGAGACCUGGAGAGCAUCAGAGUGGAGAGGAUGCUGGUGGCUGACUUCGGAGCUGCCCUUGGCGAUGCCCUGGGAGGGACCCUGACGGAGGCGCAGCUGGGGAGACUCACAGGACUAGUGCCUCUUCCAGACAUCGCUCUCGACAGGGAAAUAUUUAUCCUCGUCUCUGCGUUCGCGGAGAGACUCUUCUGCUAUGAGUUGCUGGCUGCCCCGGACGUGAUGGUCGAGCCGCGAGAUCUGGUCGAGCAACUGGAUUUCAAGCAGCUGGACGAGCGCCUGGAGGGAGUGGAACUGGAUCCACUUCUUCACCACGUCCUCACCACCAUUAGAGACCUUGGUUAAUAUUUAAAGUCAGUUCCCCCUUGCCCCCUUCCAUAUACACACACCUACAUAGAUUUAUCACGUGUAUAG